GUUUUACCAAAACCCUACUUCAAACGCGCGCCUCGCUCGUCGGAGGGCGAGGAGAAUGGCGGCUUCUAAGGCGCAGAAGUCCGACGAACUCGAUGCCCUCAAGUCCGACGUCGCCUCUUUCGCUGCUUCUCUUGGGCUUGCUCCUCCCACAGCUACCUCCUCCUAUGGCUUCGACGACUCCGAUUUCCGGAAAUCCGGGCCAAUCAAGCCCUCCAAGUCCCAGGAUUCCAAAUCCCCAUCGUCGGCCGCCGACCUCGGUGCAGAGGUCACCGCAAAGAAGAAAUCCGGUUCCAAGCUCGUCCCUAAGCCACAUCCGCUGCAGCUCGAUUCAUUCAACAAGAGCUAUCAGGGCGAGCGCGGACCGCACUUGACCUUGAUGAAAGCGAGUGCUCUGUCGGGGCGUUGGUACGACGACGCUGAUGAAUUGGAGGCCAAGGUCUUGGGACCUGAUGGGAGUAAAAAGGUGACGGCUUUGGGAAUUGAGGAGUUUAAGAAGCUGGUCGAGAAGAAAAAGGAGCUGGCCGUCAAGCUAAUGGCCCAAUACACCAAGGAUUAUGAUUCCUCGAGGAGGAAGACUGGGGAUAUGAAGUUGCUGGAGGUGACAGCAAGGUCAGGGACGUCAGCAGAUAAAGUCUCAGCUUUCACUUGCUUGGUCGAGGAUAACCCCAUCGCAAAUCUUAGGGCAUUCGAUUCCCUUUUGUCUAUGGUGACAUCCAAGGUAGGGAAACGCUAUGCAUUUACUGGCUUUGAAGCACUGAAGGAGUUGUUCCUAUUGAGAAUGUUGCCUGAUCGCAAGUUGAAAUCUCUAUAUCAACGUCCCCUUGAUUGUUUGCCUGAAACAAAAGAUGGUUUCUCCCUCUUACUUUUUUGGUAUUGGGAGGAAUGCCUAAAGCAAAGGUAUGAACGGUUUGUAACUGUACUUGAGGAAGCAAUAAAGGACAUGCUACCAAAUCUUAAAGACAAGGCAAUGAAGACAGUGUUCAUUCUCUUGAAGAGCAAACCGGAACAAGAACGAAAACUGCUUACAGCUCUUGUAAAUAAACUUGGGGAUCCAGACAGGAAAGCAGCAUCUGGGGCUUUGUACCACUUGUCUUGCCUUUUGUCUGCACAUCCUAACAUGACGGCAGUGGUGAUUGAUGAAGUGGAUUCCUUAAUCUUCAGACCAUCUAUUGGACUACGUGCAAAAUAUCAAGCUGUUAAUUUCUUAAGUCAGAUUUUUCUCAGCAAAAAAGGGGAUGGACCUAAAGUUGCUAGACGGUUGAUUGAUAUAUAUUUUGCGCUUUUUAAGGUACUAAUUUCAGAGGCAAAAGAUGGCAAGAGCAGCAAGAAUGAAAAAAAAAGUGGUUUAGAUGCAAAGGGAAAGCGCAAAAGCGGAAAAAGUGGUUCACUGAAAACACUCAAGAAGAAUAAUGAUGAUGAGGCUUCAGAGUCCAAUAUUGAGAUGGAUUCCCGUCUUCUAUCUGUACUGCUUACUGGGGUAAAUAGAGCAUUUCCAUUUGUUGCAAGUGAUGAUGCUGAAAGCAUCAUUGAGGAUCAAACACCUGUACUAUUUAGAUUGGUCCAUUCUAAGAAUUUUAAUGUGGGUGUUCAGGCACUGAUGUUGUUAUAUCAGAUAUCUUCUAAGAAUCAGAUUGUUAGUGACCGGUUCUAUCGGGCUCUCUAUGCAAAGUUACUCACUCCUGCUGCAGUGAGUUCAUCAAAGCCUGAAAUGUUCCUUGGGCUAUUGUUCAAAGCAAUGAAGAAUGACUUGAACAUGAAGCGUGUAGCGGCUUUUUCGAAGCGACUUCUGCAGGUUGCACUUCAAAGGCCUCCACAUUAUGCCUGUGGAUGCUUGUUUAUGAUGUCUGAGCUUCUAAAGGCGAAACCACCUUUGUGGGGUACUGUCUUACAAACUGAGACUGUUGAUGAUGAUAUAGAGCACUUCAAUGACAUAAUAGAAGAUCCUGAAGAUAUUAUCAUGGAGCAGUCUUCUAAAUUAAUAAAAUCGGGUGCUUCUGCUGUGUCACAAAAUAAUAAAAAACGACAAGAGUACGAGGAUGAUGACUCUGAAGCUGAAACUAGUUUGAAAGAUGUUUCAAAAAUCAAUGCAGUGGGAAAGCAACAGAGCGUUGAUAAUCAACCACUUAAUCCAGGUCCAGGGUUGAUACUUCCUGCAGGCUACAAUCCACGGCAUAGAGAACCAAUUUACUGCAAUGCAGGCUGUGCGAGUUGGUGGGAGCUGACAAUAUUGGCUUCUCAUGUGCACCCAUCAGUGGCAACGAUGUCUAGAACUCUGUUAUCAGGUGCAACCAUUGUUUACAAUGGAGAUCCUCUGAAUGAUUUAUCUCUUACUUCAUUUAUCGACAAGUUUAUGGAGAAGAAACCAAAGCCCAAUCGAAAAACUGAAGGUAGCUGGUAUGGUGGCUCCAAAAUUGCACCGGCUAGAAAGAUUGAUGUGAACAGUCAUCUCAUUGGUGAUGAGAUUCUACAGCUAGCAGAAGACGAAGUGGCCCCUGAAGAUGUUGUUUUCCACAGAUUCUACAUGAAUAAAUCAAAGUCAUCCAAGAAGAAGCCUAAGGCGAAAAAAGCUUCAAAUAACGCAGAGGAUGUAGACGAUCUCUUGUUGGAUGCAGACAGCAGCACUGAUGAUGAGGAGAUUGAUAAUAUCAUGGGUUCUGGGAAUCUUCCAGUGGAAAAUGCUGAUGGAGAUUUUGACUAUGAUGAUUUGGACAGAAUUGCAGGUGAGGAUGAUGAGGAAUUGCUUGGAAAUGACAGCGAUGCAGAAUUAGAUCCUUCAGACAAUCGUAGUUCACGUGAAAAUGGCAGUGAUGAUGAAGAUGAUAAUCAUUUCAGCGAUGACAGUCUUGAUAUUUUAAGUGAUGGUUCCGAAGACGGUGGAGAUAAGCUUCAGGAUUAUGGUAGUGAUGGUUCUGAAGAUGGUGGAGAUAAGCUUCAGGAUUAUGGUAGCGAUGGUUCUGAUGACGUUGACGCUGAUAAUGAUGUUGAUGAUCAUCAUCAUCGUAAAGGAUCUAAGGAAAUCAAAAAAGUUGCCAAGGGAGAGAAAAGAAAGUCACAUGGGAAGUCUCGAGCAUCACCAUUUGCUAGUCUUGAAGAAUAUGAGCACCUUUUAAGCGAAAAAGACAAUAACAGUAAGCAGAAAUCACUUAGGAAGAAAAGGAAGAAACUAUCUAGUUGAGCAUUGAACAGAGGCAUACGGGUGUCUUUUCCUUUUACCUUGUUCUUGUAAUUGACGCAGGUAUGGUUAUAUUUAAGAUGAUCCAAGUUAAAUACACGGCUAAAGAAAUAAGGCGACAAUCAGGGGGAAAAAACAUCUUACAGUUUUAGUGGGGGAUAACAAGAGUGUCUAAAAAACUCACUUUGAAAGGGUGAGACAGUUUUUCUUUGGGGCAGAGUCUGGUUCCCUUGCUCCAAAAGACAAUCUUCAUCUCACUUAGUUUCAGAUUAUCUAUUUGCUUGUGUUGGGAGGUUAAUGGCAGGAAUUACUAUGCCAAUAUGUAUGGAACACCCAAUAUUGUUUGAACUAUUUAUAACAGAUUACCAAUUUUGAUCUCAUCACCUAAUUUUAAAGUGUUUUAAUUUGUAUAACU